GUGCCUAGUAUCACAGCUCGGAUUUGACCCAUUGCAAUUUUGUUCAGGAUUACUUCGCCCUACGUGGCUCAGCAUGUCAUACUGCAUACCGCUCAUACUGCAGGCCUAGGAAAAGACGAAGAAGCUCAAGUUUAAAAGAAAAGGAUUCGAAUAUAAAUAUAAUACAAUGGCGCUCACUUCGCCCUAUGUAUGUCCAGUAUCAACUCAUCAGGGUAACUUACCUACCUAUCCAUCCGGUCACCUAAACCCAAUAUGUUUCCUCGACCCAGCGUCUAUACGAGCACCAUAGCUCUAUUAGUAGCGGGCCAGACUACCUUAGCUGCUCUUAAUGGACAUUGCCCUCCUUUAGGGCCAGUCCUGCCUGCUCCAAAGAACCCGACUGCACACAAGUCUGUUCAGCUAGCUAUAGGCAGUAUCACCGAUACAUUUCAAAAUAUCGCCGCCAGCCUCGAUUCUACUGGUAUUUCUGUCGCAGUGAAGUCAAUACACGAAGCCAACCCUCUUUUAGAGCUUCACCACACCCCUGAGAUACUCGGCCCCAACGGAACCACUACCAUCGAUUCGCAGACUGUCUAUCGAAUUGGAAGCAUAUCCAAGAUCUUCGCAGUGCUCUCCAUACUGCAGCAGAAUCAUGUAAAGCUGGAUGAUCCCAUCACCAACUAUGUUCCUGAGUUGCGUCAACUCAAAGGAGAAACCAACGAAGUCGACGAUAUCACAACCGUUAGGUGGGAUGAGGUGACUGUUGGCGCUCUCACCUCGCAUAUGAGCGGUAUAGCAGUAGACCUUACGAUCGACCUAGCUAGUUUUCCCGUAGACUUGACCCAGCUCGGUCUCCCCAGCCUAAAUGAGACAUCAAAGACCGGUUGCGCCGGUGUUCUUGGCCUCCCUCCCUGUAACAGGGCCGAGUUUUUCAGAGACUUCGGCAAGCGGCAUCCUGUCUAUGCUCCAUUCACAACCCCCGUCUACUCAAACGUUGCGAGCGUCAUUCUAGCUUACGCCGUGGAGGCAAUAACUAACAUGACUUACGAGGACUACGUCAAGCAGUCAAUACUCGCCCCUCUAAAUAUGACGAACACGACCAUAUUUAACGGCCCGGAGAAGCAGAGCUGGGGAUUUAUUCCCGUAAAUGAGACUUGGUUUGGUGCAAGUUUCGGAUACGAGGACAUAGCUGGAGGCUUCUACUCCAACACGGUCGACCUCCUCUCCCUCGGUACCGGCAUCCUUAAGCACGAUUUGCUAGAUGAAUCUAAAACAAAGAAGUGGAUGAAGCCGAUGACAUCUACCUCAUCUUCCGGUCUACUUGUCGGAGGACCUUGGGAAAUCCUUCGCUCUAGCACGGUCACCAAAGACAAGCGCCUUAUCGAGUUCUACUGCAAAUCCGGCAACCUGAACUCGUACAACAACAUGCUAUGCCUGAUACCGGACUACGAUAUCGUCGUCACGAUCCUCUCCGGCGGACCGCAGUCGAAUGCCGACUUGGUGGAUCUGCUUCUUACCAAUGUCGUGCGGGGCUUGCUUCCAGCUAUCGAAGAAGCAGGUAAAGCAGAGGCGCUGCCAAAAUUUGGCGGCACGUAUGCAGAUGCCGCUACGAACUCGACUAUCACGCUUUCUCUCGACGAUGCGCCUGGAUUCGCGGUGUCUAAUUGGGUCGUCCGUAACGUCGAUAUUGCCAAGAACUACGGUAAAUUCGGAGCUCUAUCGAGCAGCCCUGCGGACCGACCCGUUUCUAUUCGAUUGUAUCCUACCAACCUGAGUUCGGAUGGGGGAUACCAUCGUGCUUGGCGAGCCGUGUUCGGCCAUGGAAGUCCCGAGGAGAGUGCUGAGAAAGACGCGAACUCGUUCUGGCCCGACGCCAGCUGCGUCACAUGGGCUUCUAUGGAUCGAACCACCUAUGGCUUCCGGUCUAUGGAUGAGUUGGUAUUCUCGCUCCGUGAUGAUGGGUCGGCACAGAGUAUAAACUUGAGGACGUUCAAAGUUGAGCUGAAGAGGGCAGCUUAGAUUUAUAGUGCAUACACCUUACCUAGUGCUUUGAUGCUUACCUAGGUACCUACCUGAUAUAGAAUUAAUUAGAAAACUCGAUGGUGGAUAAAGAAGUAUAUAGGUACCCAUAUAAUGUUUAAUUCAUGGUUUGAUCAAAUAUAAUAUUAACAGUUGUAUAGAAAAUAGGAUGGGAAGC